AUGGUGGAUCAGUUCACUAAAUGGGUGGAAUGUAUACCACUUCCAAACCAGAGUGCAGAGAAUACUGACCGAGCCGCAAUAUAUCAGUUUUUCUCUCGGUUUGGUUUUCCGUUCCAAAUAUUUACCGAUCGGGGCACCAAUUUCGAGAGUAAUCUGUUUAAGCAGCUCUGCGAGAGACUCAGAAUUCAUAAAGCACGAACCACAUCAUUUAGACCAUCUGCAAACGGACAAGUUGAGCGUUUCAAUAGAACACUCAUGGAUGCAGUAAGGUGUUUUGCAAGUCGAACGCCUACAGAUUGGGACGAGUGCCUGCCACAGUUGGCAAGUGCUAUUCGUUCAUCAGUAAAUAGAGCAACUGGUUAUACGCCCAAUAUGUUGAUGCUGGGUAGAGAAGUUAAUACUCCUGUUGACUUAAUUUUUCCCGGGCCUCAACAAGAAGACACAGACUAUGAUAGGUAUGUGUCAGACGUAAUAACUCAAAUUCAAGAAACACACAAGUUAGCCAGGGAAAAGCUGAAAACCAAUCAAGCUAUAGCCAAACGUGACUAUGACCUUAAGGUUUUCACUCACUCAUAUGAGAUCAUGUCUGAGAGCCCCCAGAAACGUUCCUGGAAGAAUGCUGUGAGGAGGAGUAACAAGUUUGAAGACCUCAGGCAUCAGGAUGAGGGUGUGUUUAACUAA